ACAAUGGUAACCUGAGAGAAGAAAAAACAGGGAAAAAACAAUGAAAAUACCAAAAAGAAAGCUGUUCCUUCUGAUAAUUUUUGCUUAUGUUGCAUUUUCACUGUACGCUGCAUACAAUGUGUUCUUCAGCACUAAAGUAAUCUCCCGCGUCCACCGGGUGGUUAAGAAAGAAUCCGCAGCACACCCAGGCGGUGUGAGAGGUGGCGGUGCUGCUCCGUUUUUAGCAGAAGAUUGGAAUCCGUGGGAGGACGAACAGGUGGACUACAACUCUGCCCUGAACAAAAGGAGAGAGGCCUUCAAACAGCACCUGGGCCAAGUUAACAAUAACAAACCAAAAAGAUACAAGGUCCAAAUCUGGGGGAAAGCUGCCAUAGGGCUUUACCUUUGGGAACAUAUUUUAGAGGGACCCCUCAACCCCACUGACAAGGUAGCACAAUGGAGAGAGGGGGAGCUGCAGUCAGAAAAAAUAGAUUUCAGUUUCUACACUGGUCCUGCAGUGGUCCAGGGCCACGUCCCUCUGGAUAUGAACAGCCUGGUUCUGGUUCUGAAUGGCCGCGAGCAGCAGAAGGUGUCAUACUCCAUCCGGUGGUUGGAGCAUGUACACGCUCUGGUACAGUCUCACACUGUGUCUCAUGUGGCCGUGGUCUUGCUGGGCAACGAGCACUGCAACAACGACUGGAUCGGCCCGUACUUAAAGAGAAACGGUGGCUUUGUGGAUCUGCUGUUCCUGGUUUACGACAGCCCCUGGGUCAAUGACAAAGAUGUCUUCCAGUGGCCUCUCGGUGUCGCCACAUACAGACAGUUUCCCAUGAUCAGGCCUAAUGCUCAGAUGAUCACUUCCAACAGACCAUACCUCUGCAAUUUCCUAGGAACUGUUUACAAAAAUUCCUCCAGAGAAAUACUCAUGCAGGUGCUGAAACAGUCUGGCCUGGAUAAGGAAUGCAUCACCACUGCCAGGGAGAAGUGGCUCCCUCAAGAGACAGCAGACAGUCUGAGACAAUAUCAAACAGCUCUGGCCCAGAGCGAGCUCACACUCUGCCCAGUCGGGGUCAACACAGAAUGUUACCGUAUCUACGAGGCAUGCUCUUACGGCUCAGUACCCGUGGUGGAAGAUGUACAGACACCUGGCACCUGUGCGGCAGGGCCCAACUCCCCACUACGUCUCCUCAAAGCCGCAGGAGCACCCUUCAUCUUCAUCAGCGACUGGAAGGAACUGCCAGCCAUCUUGGAGAGGGAGAGAGGGAUGAGCCAGGAGCAGCGGGUGGACAGAAGGAGAAGGCUGCUGGAGUGGUACGCCAGCUUCCGUCAGCAGAUGAAGGAGAGGUUCACUGAGGUCAUCGAGGAAACCUUUUUUAAAAACGGCUGACUGUGGUGCUUAAAGAACAAACCUUUAAACGAUCAACAGGGGUAACAUUUAACAUUGAUUUUUAAUUUAUUUUGUGGUAUGUGGAGAAAUGUGAUAGCCUACUGGUGUAGUGAACCUGGUGAUGUUCAGUGUAAUAUUCUUGUGCAGGUUAUUAUAAAAACAUUUACGUACGCAGUGAAACUGCCAAAACAAGUCAAUGUAAGCCCUGUGAGGAGUGACAUUUCUGUAUAUUUAUCAGUUAAAUGUUUACAGUGGUGAAAUGUCCAGUCAUUUAGAAAUAAUGAAUGAUAAGCUGCCUUUGCAUUUUAAAGUCCUCUGAUUGUUUUAAGUAUGUUUUAUAUGUUUGUAUAUAUUUAAUAAUCUGAUUUUUAGGAAACACUUCAAUGGCACAUUAGAAGUAGAAUGAGAUAAUUAUGUGAUUAUAGGCAUGGUUUGAAAAUGGUACAUAAAUCUAUUAUGUAUUGUGAGCUGCUUGAAAAUGGAUGUUGGUGUGGCAUGUGUAGCUUUUUUCAGAUUUUUAAAAAAUUCAAUUGGUCUUAUUUAUUUAUUUAUUUCACAAUUUUUGUUCUAUUUGUUUCAGUGCAGUGGUGCAUGGAUUUUUUUAGACUGUGCAAUACAAUAAAAAGGAGUGUUGUCUUAAUGAGAAAUCUA